GUGAAUAGAGUUAGCUUAUAAGCUUAUUAGCAUAUUCUAUUGUUAUUUUUUUUGAAUUUCUAAAGAUCAUGGCGUCUGUCAUUGACUUUCCAUCUUCAACCAGACACCCAUAUUCCCAUAUAAUCGUAUGCAAAAUCAGGCAGAGGUUUCAUGAGAAAGAUGAGAAAGUUCACAACCCUAAAAUCUGUAUUCAUUGUGUUGUUGGUAAUCCAAGCUCUUGGUGUUAACGCCAAGUCGUCUUCUCAAUGCAAAGCAUGGAUUGUCCAGUCAAUCCCCACCCACAUGCCCCACCUUCCUCCUGUCUCUGGCGUUCUCUCUACUGCUGAUGUGUUCCAGUGGUUGGCUGGAAACUCUUCCUUGAGCCUGGAUAUAAUAGCUCAAUACUGGCAACUAAAUGCCCAUCCUGAUGAUCCCCUUUCCGGGGAUUAUGGAUACUCAAAAGCUGAUAUGCAUAAGUUUGGUGCUCAUGAAGGUUUUGAUGUCUAUAGAGCCCUAGAAAAUGCUGCUGAUCGUAAUAUUAGUAUCAGGCUUUUACAGCACUCAGGAGUAUAUCCUGAUUAUACCAAAGAACCAUCUGACCUUGCAUCAGGAAGGCCAAAUGUGGAGAAUGUGACUUUAUUGCUUGGAGAAUGGUGGGGUUCAGGCAUAGUCCAUGCUAAAGUUUGGAUAUCAGACAGUCGAGAUGUCUAUAUCGGAUCUGCAAACAAUGAUUGGAAAUCUCUCACGCAGGUGAAGGAAGUUGGAAUUUAUCUUGUUGAUUGCCCAAGUAUAGCAAGACAGGUUGAGAUCUACUAUAACAAUCUAUGGAAACUUGCCUCUCUUAAUGUUUCAGCUUACACAACAACAGUAUGGGAUCAACAGUGGCAGAUCAAUAGACAAGUUCCUUGCUGGUCACAUUUUCUUACUCCCAGAGAGAGGUGCAGGUCGCCUCUACCUCGUUAUGUGGCAGUUCCCCAUGUGGUCGGGUAUCCAACACUGUCAGACCCUCGUAUGUUUAAAACACCAAUUCAAACUCCUGGACACAACUGUUCCACUUCAAAACCUCAAUCUAGCUGUCUGUCUUUUGCUCCUCCAGAGUUGUCAUUUGGCAAGCACCAGGCCGAUGAACAGGCAUGGGUGGAUACAAUUAAAUCUGUAGGAACUGGGGCAACUGUUAGAAUUAAUAGCAUGGACUGGCUAGGUCAAUCUCAGUACAUGCAACAAACAGUUUAUUGGUCAUCCCUUUCAUCUGCAGUAUCAGAGGUUGUCUUCUCCAAGCACGCUAAGGUCAAGAUUCUAGUAGCAUAUUGGGCUCAUUUUAUUAACAACACAGAUCAGUAUCUGAAGUCUCUCCUCUACUCCAAUGUCCUCUGCUAUUCUUCAAAGUACAACAAAUGUUCAGGCAAAGUUGAGAUCAAGUACUACAAGGUGCCGGGCUUCAACUUGACAGGGCCUGCCAUUCACAAUGGGACUAGUACAGGAAACAUCUACCCAGGCUUUACCAGGGUUAACCAUGGCAAAUAUGCAGUCAGUGACGUUAGAGCCCACAUCGGGACGAGCAACCUGGUAUGGGAUUACUUCUAUUCAACUGCAGGUGUCAGCUUCGGAACAUAUAACCCUGCCAUUGUUUCUCAACUGCAAGAAAUCUUUGAUGCUGACUGGAAUUCACCAUAUGCAGUUCCAGUUGAACCUCUGGAGGAAGGUCAAUUUCAUUCAAGCAGAUGAGUAGUUGAUUGAAUUUUUUUUAGAAGCCUGUGGAAGGUUUGAAGGUCCUUCAAACCUUACACUGUUGAGCUGGUUAAAUGAGCUUUGAGUUGAUCAUAUUUUAGCUCCAAACCCUAAUUUAUUUGGAGAACUUGUACUGCCAAAAUAAACUUGUUCUUUUCUUAUUAAUGUAAAUGAGCAAAAAUCAAUGCAUCUCUUGUUCUCUCCCUGUUAUCACUCACAGGAAGAACUCAUUCA